AUGCAACCCCCUCGCCGCCUCCUCCUCCUCCUCUUCCUUCUCCUCCUCCUCCCUGGGACGCUGGCAGAUCCAGAAGGCUCUUGCAAACUCCACCUUUUCCAAACCUUCAUCUUCCACAACACCAGCUUUGUGGACAUUUCGGCCUGGGCCACCCUGGAGGACAUCCUCUUUGCUACCCUGCAGAAAUACACCCAGAACAUCCUCUACCUCCACCCAUGGGUCUACCCAGCCCUGCCUGCAGCAGAGUGGGAGAACCUGCAAAACCUGUUCAGGAUCUACGUGCACAACUUCAUCCUGUCCCUGUCCAGUGAUGCCCCACUAUACCAUACACCGUACCCCUUUGUGUUCCAGUGCGCAACCGGCUGUGACUUGUAUCCCAAUGGCUCCUAUACCAAAUUCUACCGUCUCGCCUACAACGCCCACGACUUCCUCAGCUUUGACGUGGACAACGGCCGCUGGGAGAUGUGGCAGGAGACUGAGCUGGCAGCACAAGUUGAGAGGCAGUUCAACACCUUCACUGGCUUCUCUGCGACCCUGCAGCACCUUCUCAAUGUCACCUGCGUUGAUCACAUGAAGAAAUUCAUCAAGUACGGACAGGCAGCUCUGGAGAGACAAGAGCUGCCCGUGGCCACAGUCUUUGCCCGCACACCCAGCCCAGACAAGCUCCUGCUGGUUUGCCGCGUCACCGGCUUCUACCCACAGCCCAUCAGCGUGGCCUGGCUGCGCGACGGCCAGGAGGUGCCGCUGGGCCCGGCGCUCAACACCAGCGCCAUCCUGCCCAACGCUGACCUCACCUACCAGCUCCGCAGUGUCCUGGCCGUGGCCCCCCAUGACGGGCACAGCUACGCCUGCCGCGUGCGCCACCGCAGCCUGGGCACCCGCAGCCUCCUCAUCCCAUGGGCUCCAAGGCAGCUCUCAGUGUCGGCACCACCAUCGUGGUGCUGCUGA